UGGGAAGCCAAGAAGGAGAACGAAACGCAGAGGCAGUUCCACGUUGUGGCACGCUGGGCCCCGCCAUUUCUUCCUCCUCCUCUUCUUUCACAACCCCAUGCCUACUAUCGCCGAAGGACACACAACUUGGCGGGGAGGCCAUGGAAGCAACUAGUUCGAAUUCCUUCGACUGCCUACGGGGUUUCGCCCCCACCACGAAUUACAUAAGUAUUCUGCGUUCUGCUUCUCUUAACCCUUCUUCUUCUUCUUCUUCUUCUUCUUCUUCUUCUUCUAUCCAUGGCGCUUACCACCAAAGCCCUCUUCAAUAUUGGCGUUGUAGUGGGUCGAGCGGACAUUCUUCAGAAAUUCAACAAGCUGAGAGCUUUACCUCUCUUCUCAAGAUCACAAAGUAUUCUGAAACUUAUCGAGACGAGGGUUCCAAGCAAACGUUUGUCAACUGUGCAUCCUUAAUUCAAAAUCUGCGGAAGGAAGGGAUGCCUCAUCUCGCCCAUGAGGUUUUUCUUGAGAUGAAAAGUGAAGGGUUUCUACCCGACAGCUCGACUCUUUGUGCUCUAAUGCUCUGUUAUGCCGAUAAUGGUCUCUUCCCUCAUGCUCAAGCAAUAUGGGAUGAGAUGUUAAACAGUUCCUUUACGCCCACCAUAGAUGUAGUUUCCGACUUAAUGCUUGCUUAUGGGAAGAAGGGAUUGUACGAGGAGGUAGCCAAGAUUGUCGAUCAGCUGAGUUUAAGGCAUACCGAAAUGCUGCCAAAGGUAUACCCUUUGGCUAUUUCUUGCUAUGGGCAGGGAGGACAGCUCGAGUUGAUGGAAAGCACUGUGAACCAGAUGGUUUCAAAGGGCUUUAAACUUGGAUCCUCCGUCGCAAAUGCCUUCCUUAGAUAUUACAGCAUUCAUGGGUCUUUAACCGAAAUGGAGGCUGCAUAUCAUCGUGUUAAAAGGUCCAGGGUUCUCAUAGAGGAGGAAGGGAUCAGGGCAAUGUCGUCUGCAUACAUGAGGCAGAGGAAGUUUUACCAGCUUGGUGAGUUUGUGAGGGAUGUCGGUCUUCGUAGGAGAAAUGUGGGGAACCUCUUGUGGAACCUUCUGCUGGUAUCUUAUGCAGCAAAUUUCAAGAUGAAGAGCUUGCAGAGGGAAUUUGUCAGCAUGCUGGAUUCCGGGUUUCAUCCCGAUCUCACGACAUUCAACAUCCGAGCUAUGGCGUUUUCGAAGAUGUCACUGUUGUGGGAUCUUCAUCUGAGCCUUGAACAUAUGAGACACUGUAAAGUCGAUCCUGAUCUGGUGACUAUUGGAUGUGUGGUCGACGCUUACUUGGACAAGAGAUUGGGCAGGAACUUGGAGUUUGCAUUCAGGAAAUCGAAUUUGGAUGAAUCGCCGGUAGUGCUCACCGAUCCGUUCCUGUUUGAGGUAUUGGGGAAAGGAGACUUCCAUGCUAGCUCCGAGGCAUUUAUGGAGUUCAGGAAGCAGAGGAAUUGGAGUUACAAGGAUCUUCUAGCAAUUUAUGUUAGGAAACAACAUCGAAGUAACCAGAUCUUCUGGAACUACUAACUAGCAGAUUGCUGGGAACAUGGGAAAGUUGAUGUAGAGAAGAGGAAAGCUCAUUUUGAUGGUAGCAAUUACUGAGGAUGAUGCCAUGGCGGGGCUUGCCUUAUUUAAUGAAGCAAUGGAUGAAUUGGUUGCCGAAGAUGAUAGUCAAAAACUUAGUAAGGGGCUGGCUCUGUGGCUUCGAUCGACAUUCAGAUUAUGGAGAAGCUGCAAUGCUUGAUUUGACCGUGAUGAUACCUUUUUUUGCCACUUAGCCGGUUGCUAUUGGGAAACCAUGCUCAAUCCGUUGGAGGCUAAGAAAAGCAGAGGAUUUACUUGGUGUCAAUUCGUAUUCACCUUUUUUCGCUUAGGAAACUUUAGGCCCUGUUCACUUCCAUUUUCGUUUCCUGUUUUCUGUUUUCAUGUCAUAAAUUUGGCAACCGAAAUGAGAAAACUUGUUUACUUUUCAUUCUGUUUUCUAUUCGUUUCCAACUAUGAAAACAGAAAGUGACAACUUCCUGCUG